UGGGACAGUGCAAAAUGACUCUAGGCUGAGCUGACUUGACUACCGAGAAACAAAAGACAGAUUAUUUGAUCGCACUAGUUUCGCACUAGUUAAAUAGAACAAAGAAGCCUCUUAAAUGAGAUGUGAAACUUCGUCAGGAACAUCGGGUUUGCACGGUUACCGCCUACUUCUAAACUACUGAAGGCUUCGACUCUUCACUGUGUUCCUUUCCAAGAACUGUAGCGAACAAGUGGUGGCUGGAGGCACCGCUGCUGUUCCUGGGCGACAUAACAACAGGGAGAAAAGUGCAACAGAACAGGCUCCACUGAAAACAUUUACAUGAAAAUUACUUCUCUUUUGGCCACUGAACAGCACAAGUCAUGUACCAAGUGGUGCCAGGAGGAGCAGGGGGCACAAUUACAGAUGUUAUCCCCAAGCAGAAACACAGCAAGGACACCCGACCCUUAGUCGGGGCUGGAGUAAUCGGCCUGGUGCUGGUAAUUGCAGCAGUGACUGCGUGGUGUUAUUACAUUGCUUCUCUACGCAAAGCUGAGCUGCUUAAGACUCAGCUGCUGGACCUGAAUAAAGAUGGCUAUAUUAUCCGCAACCAGGGAGGCUCCAUUGUUUUCAGAAUGGAUUUCAGAUCUGGGACCCUGGAUUUGGAUUCCUGUUCCAAAGAGGGAGAGCUUCUGAGCUGUUCACGCACCACUGACAGAAAACUUAACUUCUUCAUAGAGACUGUACGGCCAAAGGACACAGUUCAGUGUUACCGUGUGCGCUGGGAGGAACUGGUUCCUGACAUCUCUGUUAUGCAUGCCAUGACAUACAAGUUUGCACACUGGUAUGGUGGAGCAGUCUCCGCGAUUCAGCACUGGCCUAUAUCUAUCUCUGGACAACAAGCCCCCAAACCCUUUGUUACUAGUGACAUCUAUUCAAAUCGUAAUGAGUUUGGUGGAAUAUUGGAGAGUUAUUGGCUCUCUUCCAAUGCUACAGCCAUCAAGAUCAAUAAUUCUGUGCCCUUCCACCUUGGUUGGAACGACACAGAGAAGACCAUGUAUUUCCAGGCUCGAUACAAUGACAGUCCAUUCAAGCCCAACCCUGGGGAAGCUCCGUGUGCAGAACUUAGCUACAGAGUCUGUGUGGGCUCAGAUGUGACGUCCAUACACAAGUACAUGGUUCGAAGGUACUUCAACAAACCAAACAAAGUGCCGGCUAAAGCCAUGUUUCAACAUCCAAUUUGGUCAACGUGGGCCUUACAUAAGACUAAAAUUGAUCAAGAGAAACUCUUGGAUUAUGCCAGCAACAUACGGAAGCACAACUUCAACUGCAGUCACCUGGAACUUGAUGACCGCUACACCAGUCGCUAUGGAGAGUUUGAAUUUGACCCCAAAAAGUUUCCCAAUCCCUCUGCUAUGUUUCAAAAGCUGAAAUCAGAUGGAUUUCUGGUGUCACUUUGGAUUCACCCUUUUGUCAAUUAUGACUCUGAAAACUUUCAUAAAUGUGUGGAGCGAGGUCUGUUUGUCAGGGAGCCCACAGGACAUUUACCAGCAUUGGUGCGCUGGUGGAAUGGCAUGGGUGGCAUUUUAGAUUUCACAAAUUCAGCGGCACGUGAUUGGUUUUCCUCCCAGCUGCGUUCACUUCGCUCCAGGUAUGGAGUGGCAUCUUUUAAAUUUGAUGCGGGAGAGACAAACUACUUACCAUGGAAAUUUAGCACAAGAACUCCCAUUCGAGAUCCAAGUUUUUUCACCAGACGGUACACAGAAAUGGCAAUUCCCUACAACGAUAGAGCUGAGCUUCGAAGCGGCUACCAGUCCCAGAACAUAUCCUGCUUCUUCAGACCAAUUGACAGAGACUCUGUGUGGGGUUACGAAUUGGGGCUCAAAUCUCUUAUUCCCACUGUGCUCACCAUUAGUAUUCUCGGUUACCAGUUCAUUCUACCAGACAUGAUUGGAGGCAAUGCCUAUUUGAACCGCACAGAUGGAAGUCGCGAGUUACCUGAUCGUGAACUCUAUAUCCGCUGGCUAGAGCUGUCAGCCUUCAUGCCGUCCAUGCAGUUUUCUAUCCCACCUUGGGAAUAUGACAACGAGGUGGUUGAAAUUGCAAGGAAAUACACAGCCCUCCAUGAGAGUAUUGUGGCACCUCGGGUCCUGGAACUGGCUGGUGAGGUGCUGGACACUGGGGACCCAAUCAUAAGACCACUGUGGUGGAUUGCCACAGGUGAUGAGACAGCCUAUAAAAUCGACUCCCAGUUCUUGAUCGGCGAUGACCUCAUGGUAGCUCCAGUUUUAGAGCCAGGAAAGCAGGAGCGAGACAUUUAUCUCCCUGCAGGGCGUUGGAAAAGUUACAAAGGGGAAAGAUUUGAUAUCAAGGAGCCGCAUCAUCUCACAGACUAUCCAGUAGACCUGGAUGAAAUUGCUUAUUUUGUUUGGGUGUAGGAAAAAAAGGGCAAGUUUUUAUGGAAUAAUUUUUUUAAUGAAAAUGAUUUUAUGGAUCAUUUUCGAAGAAUAUUUUUGAAUAGAUGUGCACACAGAAAAAUCACCUGUGUGGUAACUUUUGACGGGUUUGGUGAUACAUUUUUAAUGGCCACCGUUAACAAACGGUUAAAAGAUUACAGAAACCAUUUGAAUAAAGAUGAAUACUCUUAUUCAUAAUAAGCUACAGGACACGUCAAAUCAAAUAAGACAAGCAAAAUAGAUGUAUGAAAAAUAGAAAGCCUGUGUCAGAGUAAAGGACAGGAAGAUUAAUGCUUAUAAAUUAAGGCCUUCAUCCAGACAAGGAAGAAUGUGUAAUUAAUCUUUCAAACGUGGGUAGUCUCAUUUUGUUGGCUUCAUGAAAUUCAUGUCAAAAGGGAAAAUUAAACUGUGAUUUUGUUCAGCAGUAAUUGCCAUCAAGCAUUACGCUGUUAUAUAUUUAAUUUGUAAACUAAAUGUAGCAAUGUAUAUUUGAUUUUUUUUUGUACAAUCAUCUACUCUUAGUGAACCUUUUGCGUCCAGCAACCUUUAGAAGACAAGAAGCAAAACUAAAAGCAACGUGUGUGUUGGGUACUGGUUAGGCAGUGAAUCUUUACAUUUAACCAAUAUGUCAAAAAACACCUGUGGCGAUUAUGGCUCCUGCACUGCCUCAGGAUUCAUCUCAGGAAGUUUGGUUUUAAUGCUUCAUUUAUCAGAUUAAAUAAGUUUAAGUUUAAUCAUAACAAAUGGCAUGAGCUCUGGUUUUGCAACACAGUAACAUCUCUUAGUCUAAAACAGUGGUUCCUAAACAUAAUUUUGCAGUGCUUGCCUUUUGUAGUAGUAUAAUUCUUGGGGCCCCUCACAUUUACACUUUGACAGCUGUUGCUUCCAAACUCUUCUAAACCUUAUUUAAAAUACUGUAAGGCUUACUAACCUGCUAUUUUCAUUGGAAUUAACACAAUUAGAAAUCUUUACAAAUGACCUCAGAUAAUUUAUAUAUUUGUGCAACAAAUAUCCAUGUCCCCCUUAAGGCACUGCUCCUUACUUUGGGAACCACUGGCCUAGAAGAAGCUCCAUUCUCUAUGGCACUAAAUAUUUGAUGCUUUUCCUCAGGUAACACAUUUCUCCGGCUGUAUUGUUUUGGAACCGUCCGCUAACUCGCUCAAAGAUGACUUACUUACUCUGAGUGCAGAGUAAUGGUACUAUCUAAUACUGAUACUACUUAUUACCUCUGAGCUAUUGGCCUUUUAGGCAUAUUAAAAGGAACUUUGUUUUAACAAUGCAUGUUUAAAAUUAUUUUGUUCAUUUGAGUGAUGCCUUUGCUGUAUUAAUGUCCGUUUGUUUCAUGUUUUGUUUUUUUAACAAAAAGAUGUUAUUUUAAAAUUAAAAGUAAAAUGAAUUUGUAACCAUGAAAAGUAUAUUGAUUAUGAAGAAGCGAGACAAUACAUGCUUAUAUAAAGUUAAGCAGAUAAUGAGAAAUUUUUUGACAUCCCUUCAGUGCAAUGGUUGAAUGUUUAUAUGUAUUGAUUUUUUUUUUAUCUCUGCCUUAUCUACUAAAAGUAUGUGAUGUGUGGACAUGCCAGUGCCAAGUUGACCUUGUUGGACUUUGUGCCUUUGGGCGUUGUGCCAUCACAACAACACCGACUAAUAAUAGCAGUUCUUACGCAGCAUCUGGGCCAGGCCAAACACUGCGGCUAAAUCAGUCUCUGGGUUAAUGACCAGACCCAAAAGCUGGCUCGGACCGGUGAGGUUUUUAAACCAAUGUGCCAUGUUGGCAUCAUAUUGCUGUGGCAAAGGCUCACAGCAUUUUGAAUGUGACUAAGGGAUAGCCAUAAUUUCAAACUGAGUGUAUAUUUAAUCCCCGGUUUUGUAUUAAAAGAAAGUGUGAUUUCUUUGUGUUGUUUUACUUGUAAAUAAAGAUGAAGUAUGCAAAAA